AUGUGUACACAUUCAGUAAGUGGAUCAAGUCUUUUAUCAGGUUAUGAUGAAGAUGAUGCACAUGAAACAAAUGGACGAUCAAGACGUGAAUUUGAACAAAUUGAUGCUGUUCUUUAUAAUGAAGAUAUACCUAAACGUUCAUCGAUGAAAAAAAUUUGUGAAGAAUGGUCAAGUAAACCACAUUUUCGAAUUCGUGGUCGUUUAUGUUCUAUUGAUCUACAACAAGAUAUUAAUCAAAUAGAAACAAAAUCAAAUAUAUUAUCAUCAAAUGAUCAUUUUAAAAUAUCUUGUUUAGAUACCAAUGAAUUAAAUGUAAGUUUACGAGAAGAUAAAACAAAAAAAAGAAUUUAUAUAUUUGAAGUAACUAUGGAAAUAAUUCUCAGAUUAUUUAUUCUUUGUUUUCUAACGACUAUUAUACUUUUAAUUAAAACUCAAACACUUGUAAAUAGAAUUCAAAAUUGA